AUGCCAAGUUGCUGUUCCUCCAGAUCCCUGAUUCUGCUCGUGUUUGUGUUGCGAGUCUUCCCUUUCCCUGUUGGUCAAGAUGACGGCAGCGGUAUGGAUUGCAAAUGCCCGUGUCCAGAAGAACCGACGACCACCAGUCCUGCUCCGACCGCUGCCUUAGCACCUGCUCAAGCUUGUGGUAGUCAAACUCCGAACCGUGUGGAUGCUGCUGCUGCUGCUGUGAAACCAGCACAGCAAGAAUAUUUGGAGGAACCCGCAAGAUUUCCGGAAGAAGGCGUCAUCUGUCCUGAUGGAUGGAGCCGCUACCAAGACUCGUGCUACUACAUGGAGUCGGCCAAGAUGGGUCUAAUCGAGGCUGAGAGAGCAUGCAAUGAAAAGGGAGCUACGCUGUUCAUCGCUGACUCCAUUGAGGAAUUUAACGAAGUAAUGAAAGAGACACCCCCAUACUUCUGGAGCUGGAUUGGCCUUGGACAGAGCGAGACUGACUCAUACCCGCGGUGGCAAGUUGUUCUACCAGACGGCCCGUCGCCUAUGAGUGCGCCCUCCCGUCCGGAAGGCCAUCAUUUGGCGGAAAUGGUUGAUCCUGCCGUUCGCGUCGAUGCCAACGGAUGGUCUUCAGCUGCCACAUGUGCCGCCUAUUACAACAUGAAAUCCAUUUCGGGCAGUUACCUCUACUUCUACCCAUGUUCCUCGCUCUACCACUCUGUUUGCGAACGAAACACGACUCUCAGUAACCUAUACUGA